CGACGACGACAGACUUGAGUGCUACACUGCUACCACUGCCAGAAGUGCUGUAGAAAGGUCAGAGGGAGCAGCAGCCAUGUCCACGAGACCACAGAGACCCGAUGAGGCCGCCUUCAAGGAGCAGCUCGCCGUCAAGGAGAAGGAGUUCAAGGCCGUGAAUGAGAAGCUCACCAAGGUUCGCGAGCAGAUUGCGAGUGGAGACACAGGCAAAGGUGGGUCGCCCAAGUCACAGGCCUUGCGGAAGCAAUUGGAGGAGAUCCGCCAGAAGCAGGCCAACAUUAAGGGCUCCAAGGCCAAAGUGUUUGAGCAGGUCAGGGCCCUGGAGGACUCGAUCCGUCGCAAGAUUGCAGAGCAGCAGGCAUCGCGAAAAAAGUCCACCUACCGCUCUGCCAGCGAGAUCGAUGCACGAAUCGCUAGUCUGGAGGCAGAGGUCGACUCUGGCAAGCUCAAGCUCGUGGAGGAGAAGAAGUACCUGCAGGAAGUCUCUCAAUUGAAGCGUGCUCGCAAACAGUUUGCAGACAGCAACAGCUCGCAGCUGUCCAUUGACGAAGAGAAACGCAAGGCAGACGAGUUGCGUAAGCAAAUUGAUGACCCAGAGUCCAAGGCUUUGUCCAAAGAAUACGACUCUGUUCGCGCACAGCUCGAUGCUCUCAAGGAGAAUGACGACCAAGUCUUCAAGUUCAAGAAGGAGCAGUAUGCCGAGCGUGAUGCCCUCUCCGCAAAGUCAAAGGAGCUCUUCACCAGCAUUCGCGAGCUCAAAGACACCUACUACACCAACAAGAAGGCCGCCUAUGCUUACGAACAAGAGCAGAAGCAGAAGCGAUACGACAACAUCAGGGCAGAGCGCGAACAGCACGAGAAGCAGAAGCGGCUCGAUGCUGCCAAGGAAAUGAUGGAUGAAGCAUCGACACCCGCCUACGAACUCGAGAUGCUCACCUGCAAGAAUCUUAUUCGCUACUUUGACCCUGCUGCCGCUGCCGCUAUCGGUGCAGGCGCAUCCACCAGCCUCUUCAACCGCUCAUUUGGUAAUAAACUCGAGGCUCGUGCUGUUGAAGCUGCACCUGAGGGACAGGUCGCCUUGCUCAACAAGAAGGACCGUGAGGCUGGCGAGUCUUACUUUGCUGGUAAGGGCAAGAAGCAGCGCAAGCAGCCUUCGUCUGCCCAGGUUUCGGACAAGUUCAACUUGUCGCUCGGCACAAUCCAGGACUUGGCUACUGUCAGUGUGCAAGCGCCCUUGAAUCAGUCCGAGGUGGCAGCAACCGUUGAGAAGCUCAAGGAGCGACUUGUUUGGUUUCAGGAUCACCAGGAAAAAGAGACGAACCGGCGUAUCGCCAAGGCACAAAAGGAGAUUGAUCUGCUUGAGGCAGCUGUCGCCAAGGAAAAGCCUGGUGCGGCAGAGCCCACCGGCACUGAGGAAGCAUCGAAAGCUCCCCAAUGCUCUUCGUAUUCUUGAUCUUUGAAUUCAUCAGCCUUUCCAGCGACCCUGUCACGGCUUGCUGCUUGAGUGCGCUUGAUGUAGCCAGGCAUGCGCUUGCCUUCUGAUAGACUAUCCUGAAACGCGCGCAGUGCAUCUUGCAAGACGACAUUGUGCUCAAAGAAUGAGGGUUUGAUGGUCUCUUGACCUUGAUUGACCUCUUUGUCUUGCUCAGGCAGUAGCGCAAGG